AUGCAUCUUUACCUGAGAUCCAUCAUCAUCGCCGGCCUAUGCCUCGGGCUGGCCGAAGGUGCUGUCGUACGAAGCGAGUAUGUCCCUCGCGGCGAGCCGAACACUGCACCGCUGCGAUUUCUCACCUGGAACAUUCGGUGGGACGAGGGGAAGAAUGUCACCGAAUCGAACGUCACCGCCGCUCUGGUUGACGGAAUGCCUCCAGUGCCCAAGCCGUACUAUGCAGGUGCCGAUGUCGAGAAGCCUUGGACUGAAAGAGGCUACCGAGUGGCCAACGACAUCUUGUUCAACGCAGUUGAUUUCUUUGGUGGCCAAGAAGUUUCUCUUUAUCAGCAGGAUACCCUUCUGACUCUCUUGGGCGACGGAUACACCACCGUUGGCAAUGGGAAGAAUGGGCGAGCAAAAUCCGGCUAUCCAAUGGUCUUUUACAAGAAAGCUGCAGCCAAGCUCAAUACGUGGGACACAUUCUUCCUCUCGCAGACGCCAUUCGAAAAGUCCAAGUACAACGGCACCAGCGUCGUCCGUGCGGUUGUGACUGCCAAGUUCACAACACCUUCUGGUAACACGAUCACCCUUGUCAACACCCACCUGGACCAUAAAAGUGAGGAUGCACGCCGCUACGGGGCGUCCUUGAUGCUACAUCGUGCCAAAUUCGAAUUCAUCAAGACCGGUGGCAAGCCUGUUGUUCUGCUGGGCGAUUUCAACUCCAAUCCAGACAGCAAGAACAAUGGUGCUUACCAGAUCAUGACAGGAUCCAUGCCGCCGGUGCCGCUCAACGCGACUUUCUUGAAGACAUACAACUGGACGGCUGCCGAAGAGCAAUCAGCUGGCAUGACCGACGACUUUCACUUCGAGGAUUUGAUGGGUGCAACGCCAGCCCGGUACCGCAGUGGACAUUUCUCGACUACUGCUGGUUCGGCAGCUGCUUGUGAUCCCAAGGGCUUCCACAGGAUUGACUUCAUCAUGGCUUGUUCAAUCCGUCGCUGGACUCCCAAGGCCUUCCGGGUGGGCGAGAACUUGUACGAUGACGGAGUACGCUCAAGGUAA